AAAUAAGUAUACCGCUCGCAUAUGAGUAUUGAUCGUGUGAGCGGACAGUUGUCCUCGCUGCGCCCUAACGAUUAUUAUUAAUGACCAGCGCAAAACAUUUGCAUUGCAAUUCCAGGUUCAGUUCUCAUUGCGACGCGCUGUCAAACGGCCGCAUUUUUGGUGUGUGUCGUCCUGCAACACACACACAAACACACAAACAAAAUCAAUAUUAAUGAGCCAUUAAACGCUGUCUCAGGCUCAUUCUAAUGACUGAGCUGGCAGCUUGUCUCGAAGCGGAAAUUGAAUAGCCACAGCGUAGAACGAAUCACAGCGGAUGUAGCCACACUGCAGAGCAGGAAAUCGCAUUAGCAUUAGCAUCAGCAUCAACGAGCUCAACUGAUUCCGCUUAAAAGUCAGAGAAACCAAAGCCCUCAGCCCGUAACGGAAGUUUUAGCGUAAUGCCUUGCGCCUGAUGAGCUGCCGAGCAUGGGCUGCUCCAAUUCCAAGUCCACGACAGCCAUAGACGAGACUAAACCAGGGCCAGCCCCAACGACCGACUCAGCAAAAGCAAAGUCCAACAAAAUGGACGCCUUGCCCAAGCAGGAAUAUCCGGCCUCGGAGGCGUUUACCAUACCGCUCGAUGACGAGAAUAAUACAACAGCCGUUCCAUUGAAUGAUACGCUGCGUCAGCCGCCCAAGCGACUGCAGCAGCUGAUGCAGCAGGCUGCCGAAACGGAGCCACUCACAUUGGAGGAGCUGGAGGAGAAGCAGCAGCGCGCCGAGCAGCGACGCCAGGAGCUCAUGCAGCAGAAACUGGAGGGCAUACAGAAGAACACAGAGAAGCUGCUUAUGCGUGGCCACGGCGAACAGUCGGAUGAUACGGUGGAAGAUGCGUUGGAAGCCGCAGAGCAGCAACAACAAGAGUCUACACAGCAUUAAGCCCCAUUCACACUUAAUUUUUAGCAUUAAGUAUCAUUCACACUAAUCAGCUUUACCAAGAAACGCCACUAGAAUCAGGGGCUCCUUUAAAAAUAUUUGCGUGAAUGCAUUCACUCGAGCUCGUAUAUGAGCAAAUGUUAUUAACCGAAAAUCUUUGGGCAGCAUUUGAAUUUUUUGCUAACUAAAAACUUAUAUAUAUAAUUAAUCUAAAAAUCAGCGCACAUUUUACUCAGUGUUUAUGUUUCUGAAAACCGAAUUUUUCUUAUAAGGAUUAAUGUUCUUGUCAUUUUAAUUUGAAUUGUGAUAAAAAUCGAAUGGCAAACAAUUGGUACUUUUAUGUUUCAACUUCAAACUUUGAAGUAUUCUAUCAAAAACAAAGCAGGCUGUUUUAUAGUUAAGUUAAGUUAAUCUACUUGAAAUAUUAUCUUUUGUUUAUUUAUACAUUCUUAUUUUUUUGGUAUUUGACUAUUUAGAUAAAUUCUCCUUAAGUUCUUUGUAUUUUACUAAGAUACAAAUUAU